UUUCCGGUGUUAAAGUUCAUCUUCCGGUUGAAAAAGAUGGCGGCCCCCGACGAGUUGUUUUGCUGGGAAGGAGACUGGGGUUUACCGUCUGUCAGCACCGACUGCCUGGUGGUUCUGGUGAGGGUUCGGUCGCUGGUACUUAGGAAGAUCUGCAGCCCCUGGCGGAGUCCCGGCGGCUCUCUUCCUGCUCUGAGGACCAAUCAGAACGAGACUCUGUCCCGCCCCUCUGACAUCAUCAUCCACCUCAGGAAACAGAAAUUCAACGCAGACUUCGACCUGUCUGCUAAAGAAGGUGCUGACAGCCUGGCCUUCAUCUCUCUGCUGGAGGAGAAGCUCAUGCCGGCGCUGAUCUACACCUUCUGGGUGGAGCCGAAGAACUUCGUGGAGGUGACCCGACGCUGGUACGCCGAGCACAUGAUGUUCCCCCUGAACUUCUUCCUGCCGGGCCGGAUGCAGAGCCGGCAGCUGGAGAAGCUGCGGCUGCUGAGGGGAGACGAGCACCUGGAGGCUGGGGAGGAGCUGGAGAAGGAGCUGUACCGGGACGCUGCAGAGUGCAUGAACCUCCUGUCGCAGAGACUCGGCUCACACAAGUUCUUCUUUGGAGACUCGCCUUCGUCUCUGGACGCCUACGUCUUCGGCCACCUGGCUCCCAUCCUGAAGUGCAGACUUCCCAACGGAAAGCUGCAGCAGCACCUGAAGUCCCUGGACAACCUGAGCGACUUCUGCUCCAACAUCCUGCUGCUGUACUUCCCCAGAGACAGCCGAGAGCCGUCGGCUCAGAAAGCGCCGGCGGCGCCGGAGGCCGGAGACUUCGACAACGUCCCCAACAAGCGCAGGAAGCAGUUUCUGUCGGCUCUGUUUGCCUUGGGCGCCAUGCUGAGCUACGCCCUGCUGACCGGCAUGGUGUCCAUCCAACACGGCCACCAGGAGGCGCUGGAGGAGCCGCCGGACCCGGAGCACAUCGGGGCCCACGAAGAAGAAGGGGACGGCUGAGGAAAACGAAGGACGAUACGGGACUGAAAAACCAGAUCUUUUCCAGGUUCACCGCCGCGGGGGACGGCCAGGAAAAGAUCCAAACAGAAACAAUUUAUGAGCCUGGAGCGGACAGGAAGUGGGUCUGGGUGCUGAACAGGAAAUAAAGAUAUUCAACCCAUUGC